CAAAAGGCAGGGCCGGGUGGAACUGAGAAAACACGACACAAAAGCGUGAAAGCUGAUUCGGAAAUUAAAACUUGUUCAACACUAUCUUCCUCCGCAGUUUCCCUAGUGACGACUGAGAAUUACUCCAAGUUCAACAGAAAUGGAGUUUGAAGAAUGGGAAUUGAGUGCCGAACAACUUGAUUCUCUCGAAAAAGAUGCUUUUCGUCAAAUUGCUCAACGCAACAAUUCAAAUUCUUCGUCUUCUUCUUCCUCUGCUGCUACUACUACUAAACCGAACACAACAGUCCCUUGUUCUAAUCGCUCUCAUUCUCAGGUUGAUGCUUGUUUAGGGUCCAGAGUCUUACCACCGUCAAUUGCACAGGUUAAACAUGAUGAUUCUUCUAAGGAGGCACGAAAGCAUACUGUCAAGCUCUUUCUUCAUGCUAGUGGAAGUAUUGCUGCCAGGUUUUCUUAUGACCAGGUUCUUGUGAACGCAGUCAAGAAGAUUCCAAAAGCUACCUGGAAUGCAAAAGAGAGGCUAUGGAUGUUUCCGCUUUCUUCUUUGUCAUCUGCUGAAGAAAUUAUUAAGGGGAUACAUGGCUUGAAAAUUGAGUUAGAUAAUCUGGAUCCCUUAGUUCGACGAGCUAUAGCUGCUGCGACUGCUGUUCCUGAUCUUCAAGAUCGUUAUGACAGGAUACCAAGCUAUAUAGAAUCAGAGCUUUUACCAUUUCAGCGGGAAGGUGUAAGGUUCGUGUUGCAGCAUGGAGGGCGUGCUCUUAUAGCAGAUGAAAUGGGUUUGGGUAAGACUAUACAGGCAAUUGCUUUGUCUACAUGUUUCCGUGAAGCGUGGCCUGUUUUGGUGCUUACACCUUCGUCUUUGCGUUUGCAUUGGGCUUCUAUGAUACAUGAAUGGCUGAAGAUACCUCCGUCAGAUAUUGUUGUGUUAUUAUCUCAAUGUAGUGGAUCAAAUAGAGGAGGGUUUUCAGUGGUAUCCACAGCGAAGGGGGCUGCUCGUCUUGAUGGUGUGUUCAAUAUCAUCUCUUAUGAUUCUGUUGCUAAGCUACAAGGGACUCUUAUAUCAUCAGAAUUUAAGGUUGUCAUUGCUGAUGAGUCACAUUAUUUGAAGAAUGCUCAAGCAAAGAGAACAACUGCUACUCUUCCUGUUAUAGGGAAAGCCCAAUAUGCAAUUUUACUAAGUGGAACUCCUGCACUUUCGAGACCUAUUGAGCUAUUCAAGCAGCUUGAAGCUCUCUAUCCUGGUGUCUACAAGAAUGUCCAUGAAUAUGGCAAUCGAUAUUGUAGGGGUGGAGUAUUUGGACUAUACCAAGGGUCAAGUAAUCAUGAAGAAUUGCACGAUUUAAUGAAAGCCACACUCAUGAUACGCAGACUGAAAAAGGAUGUUCUCGCUGAGCUUCCUGUAAAACGGAGGCAGAAGGUCUUUUUGGAUUUGGCUGAAAAGGAGUUGAGACCAAUCAAGGCAUUGUUUCUUGAGCUUGGGGCACUUAAAGACAGGAUCAAAGCUAGCAAGUCCGGGGAUGAAAAUGAGGCUCUCAAAUUUUCGGAAAAGAGCUUGAUAAACAAGAUAUAUACUGAUUCUGCAGAAGCUAAAAUUCCAGCAGUUUUGGAGUACUUAGGAAUUGUUAUUGAGGCUGGAUGUAAAUUUAUAAUAUUUGCGCACCAUCAAACCAUGAUUGAAGCAAUUCACAAGUUCCUACAGAAGAAAAAAGUUGGUUGUAUCCGUAUCGAUGGCAGUACACCUGCUGCAUCAAGACAAGCUCUGGCGACAGAUUUUCAGGAAAAGGAAGCAAUUAAGGCUGCAAUUCUAUCAAUAAAAGCUGGAGGUGUUGGUUUAACCCUAACAGCAGCAAGCACUGUAAUCUUUGCUGAGUUGUCAUGGACCCCUGGUGACAUGAUACAAGCCGAAGAUCGUGCUCAUAGAAUCGGUCAGGUUUCUUCUGUCAAUGUGUAUUACCUUCUAGCAAAUGACACCGUUGAUGAUAUCAUCUGGGAUGUUGUUCAGAAUAAACUAGAAAAUUUGGGACAGGUUCUUGAUGGACAUGAAAAUACGAUGGAAGUUUCACACAACAGAUCAAGUUAUAGUCCUGCAAAACAGAAGACACUUCAUUCUUACCCCUUGCCUAGCACUAGUCCUGCUAAACAGAAGACACUCCACUCUUUCGCUUCACCUAGUUCUAGUCCAUUGAAGCAGAAAAAACUCGAUUGUUACCUAAAACGUUGCUCUAGCACUGAAAUUACUGAUGUCGAGCCUCAAUCAAAACAUCCGAAAAACUGAUACAAUGUUUGACAAGUUUUCGUAACUUCAUAGCUAGCGUAACUUGUACUUCUGUGUAAAUGUACAUAAUUCUUGGUGCAGUUGAAAUCUCCAGCAGCCAUCUAUAUGUAUUGUAGAAACGCGGGUGUUUCAUAUCCAUCCCUUUUCUUCCAUUGGCUUCUUUUUUUUUUUUUUUUUUUUUUUUUUGGAUAAUGUGGAUAAAUAUUAAGAACUAUGCAGGAACGUCGAAUGGAUUGCACGUACUGGUUGCUAAA